GCACAGCCACUCUUUCUUCCGUAUACUAUACGGUGUAAUAUAAAGAGUAUAUAUAAUAUAUAAGCGCGCCUCAAUUCUCAUCUCCGGCUGUCUCUCUAUCUCCUUUUCAAGUACUGUAGUUAUUCAUUCUUUUCUGAUCUUCAAAUCAAAUCUACAAUGCAAUGAUAGAUGGGUAAGGCCAGCAGAUGGUUUCGGUCGCUUUUAGGCUCCAAAAAGUCGUCUUCCAGAUCCUCGCCGUCUACUAAGGAGAAGAAAAACAACGCCAACUCCACUCUCUCUGCUAAGUCUUCCAAUACCUUCGGCAAGAACAUCGGUGGGGUCUCCCAAGGGACCCACUGCUACGGAACUGAUGGCGCCUCGCCCAACCCGCACCCCGAAGCUACUUUAGACGCCAACAAGCAUGCGAUAGCGGUUGCUGCUGCCACUGCGGCGGUGGCGGAGGCUGCUCUUGCGGCGGCUCAAGCUGCUGCGGAGGUUGUGAGGUUGACCAGUGGGAAUAGGGCCACCCCAAGCAGCAGCUCUGAUCGCCGCCUUGAAUGGGCUGCAGUUAAGAUACAGUCCGAGUUUCGAGCUUAUCUGGUACGCAAUCGCAAUGCGGCUAGGAGGGCACUGAGAGCAUUAAAAGGACUGGUGAAACUUCAAGCUCUAGUGCGAGGUCGCAUAGUCCGGAAGCAAAGUGCAGAUAUGCUCCGUCGCAUGCAAGCAAUGGCUCGAAUACAGGCUCGCGCCUGUGCAAAUCGAUCUGUGGUAUCUGAAUACUCUCAUUCUGGUAUUAAAGCCUCAAAGAUCCAUUGCCAAGGUAUUUCAUCAUCUCUUAAUAAAUAUGACUCUCAACUGCGUUACUCGAGUAAUAAUCAUGGAACAAACCAAAAGAGAUUUUACUCAAAAUCAAACAAAAAUGAGACCAUGAGCAGGGGAAGAAUGGAUUUAGGGUCAAAGUGGCUAGAUCGGUGGAUGGAAGAUUACGCGAGGAACAAUUAUGCAGAUUCCAAUCUUAAUAUGGGAGGUGAUGAUGAUGAGAAGACUGACAAGAUACUGGAGAUAGACACUUGGAAGCCUCGUGUAAACCCCAAAGGGAGUGAAAGAACCUCUCAUAGUUCAGCAUGGAAUGACAAUGGUGUAGGAUUUAGAACCUUAAAUUCUAUGUCGUCAAGGCAUUCAAGUAAUAUGAAGAAGCCAAAUGUUAGUCUAUCAUCAGGAGAAGUCUCAUCUUCACAAUCAGUAAAGUUUGGGAAAGAAAUGGAUCAGGAAGGCAAGUGGAUGGUUGAGCACAGCCCAGGUAUCCGUUCUUCUUCUUCUAAACCUGGGAGUAGUAGCAGAAGUCAAAGGGGACCCUUUACUCCUAACAGGAGCGAGUGCACUCGAAGCUUGUUCAGUGACUUCCCGAACUACAUGGCUAAUACAGAGUCUUCAUCGGCUAAAGUUAGGUCCCAUAGUGCACCGAGGCAAAGAAUGCAGCUGAAGUGGAUUAAUGGUCUUUAUGAUACAGACACAAAUUCAGAGAAGAGCUGGAGUUUACGUGGUAGCUUCAGGGGCAAAGCAUACACAGGGUCUGGACGCAUAUGAUGCAUGGAUCGGAAGAUGAUAGUCCAUAAUUGAGAACGAAUUGAACAAUAAAUUAAAGCUGUCUGGUACACUCAAAAAACUUGUCCACAUUACAUGCAUUCUUAUGUGUAUUCAUUCUGUAAAGUGAGAAAAAUACUUGUCGGAAUGUUGUUUAAUGACUUGAGUGGAAAUGUUAGUUUUUGGCUACUGACUUGACUGUUA